UGCAAUAAAUUUAACUUAUUUAUUUUAUUGAAAAUAUCAAAAAGCUGACAAGUAUACUGGCAUUAAAUUAGUUAAGUCAGGAUGUCUACAAUAUUAGUAGAUUAUGUUGGGUCAGUUCAGAUCAUUUCAUUUAAUCGUCCAAAAAAACUAAAUGCCAUGUCAUUUCAGUGCUACAAUGAAGUGACUAAAGCUCUUAAGGAAGGAGCUAAAAAUGAUUCUGUUUUCCUUACCAUAUUAACUGGUGUAGGAAAAGCCUAUAGUAGUGGUACAGACUUAUUUGAUAAUAAUUCUUUAGAAGUUGAGGAUCGUUUAAUUGCAAUACGAGAAUUUGUAAGAGCGUUCAUAGAUUAUCCAAAGUUAUUAGUUGCAUUAGUCAAUGGUCCAGCAAUUGGAAUUGCAUGUACUACGUUAGGACUUUGUGAUCUUGUUUAUGCAACUAAAACAGCGACAUUUUCGUGUCCCUUUCAUAGAUUGGGUAUUACUGCUGAAGGAUGUUCAAGUAUUACAUUUCCAUUAAUAAUGGGCAAGACUAGGGCAACUGAAUUUUUAUAUUCUGGUAAAACAUUGAAUGCUAUUGAUGCCCAGAAGAUUGGCUUAGUCAAUGAAAUUAUCAAUGAUGGAGUUAAUGGAAAAAAUCAAUUAAUCAAAAAAAUUAUGACUGAAAUAGCUUUGUAUAAACUGCCUAUGGUGUAUACAAAAUCAAUGAUGCUAAAUGGUGUGAUCACUAGAGAUGAACUGCACAAAGCUAAUGAUAGAGAAAUUGAAAGAUUGAUAGAAAGAUUGAAUUCGGAUGACUUUCAUAAUUCUAUUGCUAACUAUUUUGAACAAAAAAUGUUAAAACAUAAGUUAUAAAGUUACCUAAGACAUGUUUAUAAAUUAUUUUUCAUUGUUAACAAUGAUUUAUGUUUUAAACAGUUUCUAUUAUUUACUUUUACAUCACAUUUUUAUCUAGUUACUCUGCUAAGCAAUAAUAAUAAGUAAUAGGUAUAUAUAGUUUUUAUUUUUUCUCAUUUAUAAAUACUCCAAACACUACAGAAUUCUGAUAUUUCAAUUAAACUUGUUAAAAAUAUUAAAGAUAUAAUUGGUGAUAAACAAUAGUAUGGAGCAUUUUUAAUGAUUAUGACAGUUGUAGUUACUUGUUAGUAGUUAGUGCUAUUAUAAAUAUUCUAAAAUAAUAGUUUAUUUAAUAAUAUUGGAUUAUUGGUUAUUAGUUCUAUACUUUAGUAUAUAUUAUUAAGGGUGAGUGGUGGUUACACAUACUAAAUACUAAUUAUAUUUAAGUUGCUUAUUACUAAGUUAAUGUUACUGACAUUUUCAGACAACAAAACUCUGAAAAAUGAAAAUACCAUAAAAAGAUGUUUAUAUUAUA